AUGGGCACUUGCACUGCUGCUUGCCCACCUCUUUCGGCGCGAGCCACACCGAGUUGUGACAAUAUUCACGAUGUUUCGAUCCAUCCCCCCGCCAUGUGCGCCUUUCGUUGUUUGGCAAGUCUUCUUCUCUUGGUACCCGUGGUGAAGGCCGCCCGCCCGGGCCUUGAGAUUUUGAGGCAAGAGGCCCUUGUGGCCAAGAGCAACUUUUGGAAAGAUCCGUGCGCCGAGUUGGGUGCCAAGAGGAAGCGGAAACUCUCAAGAAUCUUCAAGAAAGGCACCUUGUGCCAAUGCCAAGAGGACUUUUUCACGAAUGUCCAGUGUGACAGACCUUUGGUCAAAGACUUCAUCCUGAGAGAGACUCCCUCCAAGUGUCGAUGCGAAGAAAACCCUUGCAAAAAGUUCCAUGCCAAGAUGCUCAACGGCUACGAACAGUGCAAAUGUCAUAAGGGACUUUCAACAAGCAAUCACUGUGAGAAGCCUCUCGCCAAACUCUUUAGCCUGUCUGCCCGAAUGCCAGCCGAAUGCCGCUGUGACCAGACAGAUCCUUGCGAGAAAUUUGGAGCCGAGGCAGCUGGUGCCGACCGAGCGACUGGAGAAGUUCUUUGCCUUUGCCCUGAAAAGUUUGCAGCAGUUGCGAGCACCAAGUGCUCAAGACCAGGCCAACGAGUUUUCCCUGCUGUGGGCAACGUCCUUGGAUGCCACUGCAAGCAAGCGGGAAUCUACGCAAAAAGCGUGAAGAGUCCGGUGGAGACUGCUGCGCUGGCAUUCUGCGAAGCGGCGGCCAAGAUGAAGGAGCCGCUUCCGUCGAAAGUCCCUCCAGCGUCAAAGUGCAAGCAGCAGCUCUCACAUGGCACGACAAAUGGUGGCUUCGGCCGCUUGGCUGUGUUGCUUCAACAGGCUCCAAAGACCGCCGCGUGGCAUUUGACCCGUGUUUGCCACGAUGAAUGCGAAGAGCUGGUGAACGAAACGAAGGAACAAUUAAAAUGGAUCCUGAGGGACAUCACCCCAGGAGCCAGACCUGUCGGGGAGACGUGUGCUGCUCGGGUGGUGAAGAAGGUCGAAGCAGAGGUUUUCGGUUGUUGCGGCCGUUCCUGUGGUUGGAACGGCCGCGGCUGCAUUUCGUGGCCAUUCUUCGAUGAGCAGCAAAAGGCUGAUUGGCUGGCUGAGUGCUGCACUGAAUAUAAUGUCUUGAAGAACUCCAGCCGGGAAGAGAUGUGCAACUCGGUGCUGAGCACGCACGAUGCAGACUUGGCCUCCAAAAACGACCUCAGCCAGGAGGGCAAAGAUGUGGCCGCGGCCUAUCUUGGCCAAGACUUCCAACUUCUCUGGACCCAAAAAGGUGUCGACUCCGAGAUGGGCCGGAACUACACCUGGCUGCAGCCAAAGCCGGAGGCUGGGAAGGAAGUGACUGACCAGCUCCUACAGCUUCAGCCCAACAUCCGAAAGAAGGCGCUCAACGAAGGCUGGUUUAAGGAGAAGAAAAUGGAGUCAGCUUCGCUCAUGCAGAUGCGAGACACAGGUGCCAGCUGCGAUCCCAAGGUCAUGGAAACGUGCACGGGUGACAUGCAGAAGUGGCGCACGCGCGCCUGUGCAAAGCAGCAAGGGUGGCAGUAUACCCAUGUAAAAAAAACGUGCAGAAUGAUGACGAAAAACAAGAGGAUGGCCAAGAGCCCCUACGAAUGCUUGGAGAAGACGCAGUACGGUGAUGUGGGCACCAUCCGACACUUCUUGUUUCAGUACAAGAAGGUGGACUUGUCUGAUGCAGCCGCAGGGCAACAUCCGAUUUGGUGCUAUGCCGCAGCAGAGAAGACACCAUGCAACCAGAAGCCACGCUCCCUCCAACAGGCCCAGGAGAUGGAAUUCGACCGGAUUUGGUUCUGGAUUGAUGCAUCCAGUGCUGCCGAUGCCAAAACGGCGUUCGGAAACGUUUGA